GGACGGAAGGAACGAGCAUCAAGCAAAUCAGGCAGCUGGCGACGGCUGCGGUUGGUUGGGUGGCUGACAAUGAAGCGUAUUCGCUUACGUAUAAUACAAUCGGCUUACCUAGUCAGCCACCUACCAGAUAAUGUAAGUUGGCUGAUUUACCUAGGUAACAUGACUAUAGGUAGCAGGUAUGGACGGGAACAUGGUGGUUUGUGAUUCGGGUUGUUCUGCCCAGUCCUGAUGGUCCAUCUCGACAAGCGCGCAGUGGUCUCUCGAAAGAUUAGAUUUAAGUCGGCAUCUGUACGGCUGCAACACGACUUGGUCCGGAAGAGGUGUGUGUGUGUGUGUCCCCGAGAUUGUCGUUGGAAUGCGGACAAUGUUUUUUCAAGUCUAUUUUUAAUUUUAUUUUUUACUGAUUUCUAGGAAUGAGACGAAAGACCCGGUACCUGCAGCUGUCAUGCCGAGGGUCCGUUCACCGACGUCACGACCUACCGUGAGGACGCAUCAACACAUUGCCUCAGCCGUCUGUUGGUAUUUUGUCUGUCAAGAACUCGUAUCUGCAAAGGCGAGCACAC